GGGUCUGAGCGGAGCCCACAAGCGUCUCCACCCGGCACGGCCUCCUCUCCUCGUCUCUCAGCUGCUCCGUCCGCUCCGGCUCGCGAGGGAACCGCUCCAGCGCCACCGCACCCAGCACGCUGAGGACGACAGGACCGCGGAAGGUGGAAGGAGGACCCGCUCGCUCGCUCGCUCCCAGCCGCACCCGGGAUCCGAGGUCCGGAGCGGAGGCCGGGGGGAGGAGCCGCCGCGGGCACGCCCCGCCCCCGGCCCGGGAAGACGACUCCCGCGACCCCGCCGGCCGGCCACCGCCCCCUCCGCCGGCGGAGACCCGCCCCUGAUCCUCCCCCGGCGGCAUGGAGGAGCCCUGCUCCUGACGGCCGCGCCGCGCCUCGGCCUCCGCCCCUCGGCCCGGCCCCUCCCGCCCGCCUCCGCUCGCAUGUCCGCGCCGCCUUAGCCGAGGAUGCUGAGGAUGAAGCUCCCGCUGAAGCCGACGCACCCCGUGGAGCCGCCGCCCGAGGCGGAGGAGCCCGAAGCGGAUGCGCGGCCAGGGACUAAGGCGCCGCCGCGGGUCCGCCGCCGCGACUGCCGCCCCACGCCGCCGCCGCCGCCUCCCGCGGGCCCGUCGCGGGCCCCCCCGCCGCCGCCGCCGCCGCCGCCCCGGGGGCUCGGGCCGCCUGUUGCUGGCGGAGCCGCGGCGGGGAUGGGCAUGCCGGGCGGCGGCGGCAGCGGGCCCGCGGCGGCGCUGCGCGAGCAGGAGCGGGUGUACGAGUGGUUCGGGCUGGUGCUGGGCUCGGCGCAGCGCCUGGAGUUCAUGUGCGGGCUGCUGGACCUGUGCAACCCGCUGGAGCUGCGCUUCCUCGGCUCGUGCUUGGAGGACCUGGCGCGCAAGGACUAUCACUACCUGCGAGACUCGGAGGCCAAGGCCAACGGCCUCUCGGACCCGGGGCCGCUGACCGACUUCCGAGAGCCCGCCGUACGCUCGCGGCUCAUCGUCUACCUGGCGCUCCUGGGCUCGGAGAACCGUGAGGCCGCCGGCCGCCUGCACCGCCUCCUGCCCCAGGUGGACUCGGUGCUCAGGAGCCUUUGCGCGGCCCGGGGCGAGGGCUCGCGGGGCGGCGCGGACGGCGAGCGCGGAGAGGACGGGGUGGGCGAGGAGAACGCCGAGAAGGACGGCUCCGGCCCGGAAGGCAGCGGCGCCGAGUCCCGGGCCGGCGAUGGGCUGGGCUUCAGGGCCCAGGAGGAACUGCUGCUGCUCUUCACCAUGGCUUCGCUGCAUCCGGCGUUCUCCUUCCACCAGCGGGUCACCCUGAGGGAGCACCUGGAGAGGCUCCGCAGCGCGCUCCGCCGGGGCCCCGAGGAUGCGGAGGUGGAGGUGGAGCCGUGCAACUUUGCCGGCCCCAGGGCCCAGAAUGACUCUGCUCACGGUGAUUACAUGCAAAGUAACGAGGCCAGUUUGAUAGAACAAGCCCCGAUACCUCAUGACGGACUUACUGCGGCGCCUCACAGAGCCCAGCGAGAAGCUGUGCACAUUGAGAAGAUAAUGUUGAGAGGAGUCCAGAGAAAAAGGGCUGACAGAUAUUGGGAGUACACCUUCGAAGUAAAUUGGUCUGAUCUUUCAGUUACCACAGUAACAAAAACCUACCAAGAACUACAGGAAUUUCUACUGAAGCUUCCCAAGGAGUUGUCUUCAGAGGCUUUUGACACGACCAUCCUCAGAGCCCUGAAUCAGGGCGCGCUGAAGCGAGAGGAACGGCGGCAUCCCGACCUAGAGCCCGUCCUAAGGCAGCUAUUUGCAACUUCAUCCCAAGCUUUUCUGCAGAGUCAGAAAGUGCACAGCUUUUUCCAGUCCAUCCCGUCAGACCCUCGACACUGCCUCAAUAACUUACAGUCCUCUCUGAAGACGUCCAAGAUAUUAGAGCACUUGAAAGAGGACAGCUCAGAAGCUUCAAGUCAAGAAGAAGACGUGCUGCAGCACCCCGUCAUGCACAAGAAGCACGCCGGGAAGAGCCCCACUGUGAACACUACUGGUACAACUUGUUCCCCACUGGACGGCCUCACCAUGCAGUGUUCCGAACAGAACGGCAUCGUGGACUGGCGGAAGCAGAGCUGCACCACUGCCCAGCACCCGGGGCACUGUGUGGCCUUAGCGGACCAGCAUUCAGCUGAUAAAAGAAAUUUAUCUUCAAUAAAUAAGAAGAAAGGAAAGCCACAUGUAGAAAAGGAGCAAGUUAAGAAAGCUGACAACAGACUGAAUAGUAGAAUCAACGGUAUUAGACUCUCCACUCCUCAGCACGCCCAGGGCAGUUCUGUGAAAGAUGCGAAUUUGGACAUUGGAUCUGGACAUGACACGUGUGGAGAGACAUCCUCAGAGAGCUACAGCUCUCCGUCCAGUCCACGGCACGACGGGAGAGAGAGUUUCGACAGCGAGGAAGAAAGAGACAGAGACACCGACAGCAACUCCGAGGACUCGGGCGCGCCGGCCACGCGCAGGUUCCCCGGUUCCGGCUCCGUGGCCCAGACUGCUGCCGCCCCGCCCCCGGGAAACAUCGCCUCCUUGGGAGACGGGAGCGGAGGCCUUCUCGAGGACCCCGCCGGCGCGCCCAAGUACCCGCACAUUUCGUUCAUGCCGGCUCUACACUGUGUCGUGCACAGCGGCGCCCAGAAGUCGGACGUGGUCGUUCCUGCCCCCAAACCCGGCGACGGCAAGACGAUAGGCAUGCUGGUUCCCGGUCCUGUCGCCCUUUCUGCACUGAGGGAGUCCGGCGCGACCCCCGUGGGGCUCCUGGGGCCCGCAGCCCCUACUGGAGAUUCAGAAAAGCACCUCGAGCUGCUGGCCUCGCCCUUGCCCCUCCAGGCCACGUUCCUCCCGCACGUCCAGAGGCUGAAGCUGCCGCCGCAGCCACAGCCGCAGGGAUCUUCCGAGGGCUGCGCGCUGGGCGGGCCGCAGCCGCCGGCCGGGGGCCUGAGCGUCGGGUCCCUGGGCACUGCCUUCCUCCCGGUGCACAGCCCAGGAGGGUUUGCGGGCUCUCCUGGGCCUUCCACGGACCCCGCCACCAAACCCGCCUCCCAGAUGGCAGGACUCAAUCAAAUGGUGCCUCAAAUGGAGGGGAACGCAGGGACAGUCCCUCAGCCCACCAGUGUGAACGUAGUGCUCUCAGCAGCCGGCCUCUCGGCCGCUCAGCCACCAGCCCCCUACGCCCUGGCGGGCUCGCCCCUCGCCGCCGCGGGAGGGCUACCCAGCCAGACUGCCGCCGCAGCGCCGUCCGCGCAGGCCCAGCCCGCGGUCCCCACGCACACGCCGGGCCCGGCGCCCAGCCCGAGCCCCGCGCUGACGCACAGCACCGCGCAGAGCGACGGCGCGUCCUACAUCAGUGCGGUGGGGAGCACGAACGCCAGCGGCGCCGUGCUGCCGCCCCCGCAGCUGGGCUCGGGGCCCUGCGGCUCUUGCGGGCGGAGGUGCGGCUGUGGGACCAACGGCAACCUCCAGCUGAGUAGCUACUAUUACCCCAACCCCGUGCCCAUGUACCGAGUCCCCCCUCUCUUCCCUCUGCCGUCCAUCUGCAACGGCAGCUACCUCAACCAAGCACAUCAGAGCAACGGAAACCAGCUUCCUUUCUUUCUGCCUCCGGCCCCGUAUGCAAACGGGCUGGUGCACGACCCGGUCCUGGGGAGCCAAGCCAGCUACGGCCUGCAGCAGGUGGCGGGAUUCGGGAGGUACUACGCCGUCUACGCAGCUCCCGGUGUGGUUGCCAACACGAGCGGCUCGGGGCCCAAGAAGAGCGGGAACGUCUCGUGCUACAACUGCGGCGUGAGCGGACACUUUGCGCAGGAGUGCAAGCAGGCGUCCAUGGAGGCCAGCCAACAAGGCACUUACAGACUGAGGUACGCACCUCCCCUCCCCCCUCCUAGUGAUACGUUGGACUCUGCAGACUGAACCAAGUAAAGCUUGCCUGCCUAAUACGUGAAGUGGGGGGGGCCUGGUGGGGUGUGGAGGGCAGGAAAGGAAAGGUAUUUUGUUCAUGUUUCUUUGUCUACACAUUUCCGGAAUUUCUAUGCAGUCGGGGUUUCUCCUGUUUCCUGUACCAAUGUCCAAAACAGAAACGAACGCAUUGCUUUUGAGCCUCCGGUCUCCUGGUUCAACAACCGGCUUGUCUGUGUGACCCGUGUAACUUAAACAUCCAAACUAUCAAAAGGAACAUGGAUGCGUGGUGUUUCUUUUUUACACUGAAUACUUGCUGUGUGCAAUGUUUACUGAAUCUUUAAAACUGUGUAUUUGAACUUUUUUUUUUUUUUUUGACAACACUGGUGACAGUCAUAUGGUUUUG